AUCAUUCCCAACACAAAAGAAUCAAUCAUGCAGUUCUGUCGUGACACGAUUUAUCUGCGUAAAUUAUGCAGAAGUGGUCUAAUCUCGGUACUUCGAGCCUUAGCCAGAAAUCGACGUGUAUACUCCAUAUUUUAGAGCAUUCUCAAAGCUUUAUUCCAUGUGCUGUUUUACUUAGCAUUGAUUUGACAAGUGAGGUCAAGUAACGAACCACACAGAUUGAAACAUUCGAAGUUUCUGGUUAUUAAUCGUGAUUUAGAUAGAUUCAAAUCGACCUCUUUUGUUGUACAAGACCAAAAUGUCUGAGGGAAUCGAAGAUGUACAACCGCUGCCGUUCUACAAGCGAAUUGCCAUCAACAUUCGCAACAUGAGUCGAGACGAGGUUAUGGAGCUGGGACGGUAUUUUGCGGUAACUCUGGCUCUAUGGCUUGUCGGCUAUAUGCACUUUAGCUUUGCGUGGAUUGUCAUGAUACUAAUGAUAUUCGUAAGUUGGCAAUUUGAGAUCGAGAAGAAAACUAAACACCGGGAAAAUAUGGUCCAGGCUCAUAUGUCUUCGUACAUCGACAAGAUCCAGAAUCCGCCUUCGUGGGUUUACUUCUCCGACAAAGAACACGCCGAAUGGAUCAACAAGAUGCUUCUGCAAAUGUGGCCCUACGUUGGAGACAUGGCCGUGGAUAUACUCAAGAAUACUGUCGAGCCAGAAAUGCAGAAAAACCUCCCCAAAUCACUGAACACUCUGUACUUUGACAAGAUCACCCUUGGCAACCAGCCGCCUAUCAUUCAGAACGUGGUCUCUUACGACGGAGACGAGAAAAAAGGCGAGUUCAUUUUGGAUUUGGAUCUCAAAUAUGAAGGCGAUGCCCAGGUGAAGUUAUCCGUGAAAAAUGUCAAGCUCGGGCUGACGAAAUUUAAGCUGAAUGGUAUUCUACGAGUCAUUUUCAAGCCUCUUGUCUCCCUCUAUAAUCCGAUCGGUGGGGUCACCGUCUUCUUUCUAAACCGACCAAAGACAAAAUUCGACCUAACCAAUCUCCUGAAUGUUCUGGAUUUUCCGGGAUUGAAUAGCACUCUACGACGAAUCGUCGACGACACGAUUGCUUCUUUCGUCGUGCUUCCGAACCGCGUCGCCAUUCCGUUAGCCGAAGGCGUCGACGCCAGUGAUCUCCAGUAUCCAAUCCCCCAAGGAGUGCUUCGGGUGAAAGUCGUAGAGGCUCGGGACCUCGUCGCUAAGGACUUCGGGGUCGUGAAAAAAGGAAAGUCGGAUCCUUACGCUAUCCUGGAAAUCGGCGCGCAGAAGUUCAGGACCAAAGUCAAGAAGAAUGAUCUGAACCCAACAUGGAAUGAGACUUUUGAGGCAUUCGUCGAUAACAGCGAGGGACAAGACAUUGAUAUGUUUCUGUGGGAUGAAGACAAGGCAGGGAAGGACUCCAAACUCGGCUUCCUCUCCACCCAAAUCGCGUCCGCGGUCGAACAGGGACAACGCGACGUGUGGCUACCCCUCCAGGGGGCCAAGACGGGCAGAGCGCACCUCCACUUGUCAUGGUUCCCGCUGAGUGACCAGGCCAGCGAUCUGAAGGCACCACAGGAGCCCCACGCGUCUGUGGCGGCAUUAUUUGUGAAGGUGGUCAGCGCUGAAAGUUUGCCCCAGCCUCACAAGAAAGCGCACUUGAAAAGCGUGUUCUGUGAAGUCAGCAUCGCCGAGCAGACCAACAAGACCUUUAUCGUGUACGGCGAAAAAUCGGAAUGGAACCAGGGACUCCGGUUUUUCGUCCGCGACCCAGCGAAUGAUGAGGUGGAAGUAAAGGUGAUUGAAUCCAAGGGAAACCGCUCUCUAGGGCGCGUGCGCUUUAACCUGAGGUCGCUGAUCCAGAAACCGCAUAUGACAGUGCGCGAGACCUUCAAGCUGGAGGACUCGGGCGAGAAGAGCACCCUGACGUGUCGUUUUACUCUCCGUAUGCUGAAGGUCCCGGAUGUUGACGCAAAGGAUGCCGGUCCACGCGACAGGAAAGCGAGUCGUAAAAGCUCAAAAAGAUCAUUCCACCAGAAGCAAGAAGACACAGCAGUACAAGCCAUCGAAAAAACACAUGUUCCCGUCCCAAUAUUAGUCGUCAACGGCGUUCAGCCUGUGGAUGAAACGCACCACGCGGAGACUGGGUCAGACCAGGGCAGCGUCUAUGACGACAGCACGCUCGAGCUUCGUACCCAGGACUUCGACCUAAAAAGCCGAGGGGAGCUGGAGCUUAACUUGAAAUACGAUCACGUGAGAAAUACCCUAGUUGUCAAGGUCAUCAGCGCACGAAACCUGCGCAGUGGCGAUGCCGAGAACAAGACAAACCCGUUUGUCCGGUUAUACCUGUUACCAGACAGGUCGAAGAAGACACGUCGAGUCACGAAGACGGUCAGAGGGGCGUACUCGGGGAUGUUUAACGAAGUGUUCGAGUACGCUAUUGGCCUAGAUCUACUGGGUGAUCGGCAGCUGGCGUGCGCUGUCAAGAGUGAUCGUGGUCUCAGAAAUAGGCUGAUCGGUGAGACGACCGUGGAUUUGGGGGAACUGGAGCUGACCGAUGGCGUGACACUCCACCGUGACCUCAUUAAAAUGCAUUGAAUCUGUCACGCAACAGUAGAAUCAUGGUUCAUUUAAGGUUCUGAAGAUUGCUAAUCGUGAAAUUACGAGAAUUCCUUCGUUCACGAGAAUUUCUCAAAGAACGAGUCUAGAACUAGAAUGCACU